UUGUUUCUUUUUUAAAUUUCAUUGCAUUAAUGAAAAACCGGAUGUUUCGAUUCUGUUUAGUGAUUUGUAAUGAAUUUUUGAAUCCUGAGUUUGUUUUAAAGGUGCCACCGGAAGUCACGUGUUUUGUAGUUUUUUCGCUAAGAUCCUGUGUUGUAACGCAGAAACAGGUCACAGAGGAAGCUAGCAGCAGCUAGCCGCUUCUAAAUCUAAGGUUUAUUACCUUUAACGGACAAAUAUUAACUGGCUUUAAUCGGAACAUCUUCAUUAAGCACCUUCCAGAACCAGAGCGGUGCUGCGUUCAUGGUCCAGAACCAGAGUGGUGCUGCGUUCAUGGUCCAGAACCAGAGCGGUGCAGAUACGGAUACAGAGCGUUUAGGGACCUUGGAGCUCUGUGAUUGGCUGGGAGCUCUGAUCCAGGUCCAGGAUGUGUUCGGUGUCUCUCUGAUCGGAACUGUCUCCAGAACCGGGCCAUGUCGCGGCACAGCAAGCUGCAGAAGCAGGUCCUAGCUCUGUACCGCCACUUCCUGCGGGCCGGGAAGGACAAACCGGGUUUCCUGCCCAGAAUACGGGACGAGUUCCGGGAGAACGCGCGCAUCAAGAAGACGGACGUGAUGCACAUCGAGUAUCUGUACCGCCGCGGCCAGCGGCAGCUGCAGCAGCUCAGGGACGCCAACACCAAGCAGCUGGGUUCCUUCUCCAGAGGCAGCGAGCCUGGCUGACCAGCAGAACCAACAGAACCAGCAGAACCACCAACCGGACCAGCAGAACCACCAGAAGCAUCUAAUGCAUACCUCACUGACUGGACCAGAACCUGCACACAACAUGAAACCUGCUACUAUAAAAUAAACUUUUCUCUGUUACUCAGUAAAACAUUUAACCAGCAGCAGAUCCGUCAGAUUCUGGUUCUGGAAGGUCCAAGGUUCUGGUUCCUCCUGCAUGCCGAGUCAGCAUCACAUCCAGUCACUUCAUCGUCUGAUUUAUUAUAACAGAAGAUAAAAAUGAGAAAAAAAACUUGAUUCUGUUGGAACAGACUCAUCAGAACCAUCAGCAGCUUUUUUGGUUCUGAUUCUGAUGAUAUCUAACCAGUAAAAUUUCUGAGAAUCUGAAAUCAGCUUAGAUAUGAAAUAACUGAGUUUCUCAUCUGCUAAUAUCUCCAGAUUUAUGGGAUGGAGCUCUGCGAUUUCAGUUUCAUUCUCUGUAUAAUAAAAUAUUGAUAAUUAAUGUUUAUUAAAUUAUAAUUUAUUGAGAGAAAAAUAAAAUCCCCACUAAACAUAAUUAUUAAAAUUUAAAACUGAAAUCCAACAAUUGAAGAACAGACGUGUACGUCAGAAAUUACGGAGCCCUCUAGGGGACAUGGGGAUUUUUUUUUUCUUUUGCGUUCCCUCGCAAAACUUUUGCGUUACCUCGC